UGCAGCUGUGACUCGGACCCUCAGUGUCCGUGCAGGACAGUGACGGGACAGGGCAGGAGCACAGGGCCUUUAAGGAGUCUAAGUGCACAGCCCACGUCCCACAAUGCGGUUCCGAUGCUGCUACCACCGGAGAAGACGACGUAUUAUCCUGGGGAGGUAUCCUUGCCGUCAUCGCUCCAUUCCUCCAUCCCGCAAGGUGGCAAAGAUAACCCGCCCCUGCUCCAGGAUGGUCUGGCAGGAGACCUGGUCUCCUGAGGAGAGCAGCUUUCCGCUGGAUUCCUUGGAUUUCCAGCCACCGAAUCCCAAUGCCUGGUCGUGGGAUCUUGGCAAAGAGGAAGCCAAGAAAGUCAUCGAGAUAUUUGUCAGAAGCACAAAGAAGGAUGAGGAAAAGAAAAUGAAGUUCCUGGAGAGCAUCUGCACCCUGUGCAGACACUGUUCCUUGCUGGAGGACAUGGAUGCCUUCUGCCGCAAAACCGAGCUGGCAGAGAACAUCAAGGUUUUGCUGGAAGAGGAGCCCACGGACAGUUUGCACACAGCAUUUCGUAGGAAUGCCAUGCUAACUAUUGCCACCCUCAGCUCCACCACGGAGGCAGCACUGGAUGGCAAAAAGGAGAGUCUCCUGCAUGCCUGCUUCAAGAGUGUCUUCUUUCUGCCUCCCUAUUUGGACAUGUCAGCGGCAGAAAAAGAUCUCUACAACAAGACCAUGAACGCCAUGGAAAUCAUGCUGCAGGCCUUUGUACGCAACUGUCCAAUCUCCAGUGUCGGCGAGGAGUUGCAGAUUAUUUGGCAGGCGCUGCUGCACUAUGCCACCUCCCAUAACACAGCUGUGCGCAAGAUUGCCCUGCAGAAGAUUGAGAGGCUGAGUGAUUUCCUGGUCACAUAUUUGGGGAAGACCUCGUUCACUGCUGGACAAUGCAACGGCAGCCCUGGCACCCACAAAGAGGUCCACAUCCCCAUCCUGGGACAGCUGCUGGGACACCUCUUCAUUUCCAGCUGUGGCACAGAUUCCAACAGUUGCACAGCUUUGGAUGCUCUUUAUCACUUCUACGCAUUCCUCACAGACGGAAGAGAAUGCUCGCUGACAAAGGACAUGGAAAAUUAUGUACAGUGCCGCAAGAAGUUGAGGGAUACGACAUUCCCUUCAUAUGAAAUGUCCAGACCCUGUGAUAUUGCCAAGGCGUUUGGAGGACACCUCAGGCCUUCUGAAAGGGCGGACAUCAUCCUCACAGCCACUGAAGCUAUGCGAGACUCCAGCAUCUAUGGCAAGCAGGGGGCCUGCAGCGUGCUGGAUGCAGCCUUGGAGGACCCUGACUACUGGCUGACAGAUGUGCCAAUAAUCAUGGAAUGCAUCAGGAAAAAUCUGGACAGCAUCCACACGGCAUCAGCGCGGCGCUGCCUGGACUCCCUGCUUCUCCAGCUGACCAACCAGAUGUCCAGGGAAGAAGUCAAGAACCUGCUGAAGUUCUCUCCGCCAAGUGACAGCACUGCCCUGAGCAUGUGGGAGGUGGUCCUGGCCAUGCCGCAGACCUUGGAGAAAGUUUUAAACGUGCGGAUGGAAAUCUUGCCACUGUGCGACUGGUGCACCGCGGUCACAGAAGACACCUGCAUCCGUCGCUUGGCUGUGAGUUCCCAGAUGAAACCUUGCUCCCAGCAGGGCUGCGCGUGCCCCUUCAGGCACACAGGCACAGCCCUGUCCCCAUCUACCCCCAACCUGCCAGCUCCCCCAGGACGUACGGACACAUCGUCCCUGGGGCCGGCAGGGCCGGCAAGCCCCCGUAACCAGCCGCGCCUGGUGCCUCUUUGGUGCCAGCUCAUGCUGGCCCAGAAUCACAUUUCUGAAGAGGAGUUUGGUAACCCAGUGCACCUCCUGAGUUACCUGAAGCACCCAAGCCCAGCGAUGCGCUUGAUGGUUCUCAAAGGGCUCUCCACCGUGUCAGAGAGCCCUGAGAAGGCAAGAAGAAUUCAGGUCGUGCUGCCAGACAUCCUGGAGGCCCUGCAGGACACCAACACAGACGUCGUGCUGAAGGCCCUGCUUGUGCUGAGAAACGUGAUGGCUCAUGUGGAGAGGAGAGAGGCCAGUCGCACGGCUCUGCAGCUGGCUGAGAAGCUCCUGCCACUCUUUGACCAUGAGUCCAGCCAGGUGCGCGAGCACUCCAUCUGCCUCUUCCAAGCCGUGACGGAGGCUGUGCUGUGGCACAGGCAGAAGGAAAUGAAGAGGAAAGUGCACAGCAGCCUUCUCCCACUCUACUUUCGGAUGAGAGACCAGAGUGAGAGCGUAGCAAAGGCCUCUGGGGAAGCUCUCGUCGUCGCUGCAGAGUUUCUGCGACGCAAAGAACUCAAGCACUUGGCCCAGAAAGAACAGACGUGGAAGAUCGGGGAGUGCUUGCUGCAGCAGGGCAGAGACAGAGUAGACGAAUACCUGCAGCAGAGCCAGCCCUACCUGCAGGACUCUCAGACCGUCUUGCGACUUGAGGCCGUCAGGUUCAUUGGGCUUGCUGCGCGCUACUCCAAGGACCAGAGCGAGGAGAAGCUGAAUGAAAUCAUCAGCGUCCUCCGGUCUUCAGGGAACGACCCGGAACCCAUGGUCAGAUGCCUGGCAGUUCAGACCAUCAUGAUCCUGGCGUCAAGGCGUAACAGAACAUCAGGACGGAGAUUUCGACUGUUGUGGUGCUGCUAGCCAUGCAGCACUCCUCAAAUCAUCAAUAUAUAUCUUAAUAGAACCGGGUUCUUGUCUCAUUAUUCCAGCAGCUCCUUCAAAGUGACUCGGUGCCAUGAUGCAGAGCUAACUUGGAGGCUACCAAGGACGUCUUUUCCCUGGGCCCGGUGACUGCUUGGUGCCUACUCAAUGGAAGAGUCACAGAACCGCUGCGGUUGGAAAAGGCCCUUCAGCUCAAGUCCAACCGUCAGCUAACACUACCAGGCCCACCACAAAAGCACGGCCCUUAGUACCAAGUCCACACACUUCUUUAAUAGCUC